AUGGCCGAAGACCGACUAAAUGUGGUUAUUAUCGGAGGCUCACUAGCUGGUUUAAUGCAUGGCGCGAUGCUCAAGCAACUUUCUCAUAAUGUCCACAUUCUUGAACAGUACCCAACCUCCAUUCGAGAAAGUCAGGCAGCUGGGAUGAGUACAGGCAUCCAUGGCCAGGAACUUUUGAAGAAAUACGACAAGAUCAAAGAUCGCCCACACUUUGUUACCGCGUCUAAACUAGAGGUCGUCGACGCUAGGCUCAAUGUGAUAGAAAGCCGUUCUGUCCCGUUCAAACUCACUAAUUGGAAAACAUUUUAUUACCGUUUGAGGGCAAAUUUCGAUGAGUUCAAGAGCGAUUACGUUCCAAACCCUCCUCCUAGCCUUUUAGAAGAGGGACAGGUGGUUGUUUAUGACGUGGGGAAACGAGUCACCAACGUCUCUUACAAUAAGGAGGCUGGGCUCAGCGUCACCUACGAGGAUGUUCAAACUGGGACUAACGAGAUUCUUCAUCCCGAUCUUGUUAUUGCUGCAGAUGGCGCGGGCUCAGCCACCAGAAAGAUUCUAUUUCCGGAUCUGAAGACCCCAUACGCCGGAUUUCUUACCUGGCGAGGAAUAGUGCCAGAAAAUGCUGUUUCUAAGGAAACCCUGAACUUUCUCUUUGACAGAUGCAUCCGUUACUAUGCUGAUCGGUAUUACAUUGUAGUAUAUUUGAUCCCAGGAGAUGAUGGCAGUAUCGAACCGGGAGAAAGACACGUGAAUCUUGUCUGGUACGAUACUUGUCACAAAGACUCUCCUGAGUAUCUUUCUAUAAUGACUGAUAUUGAUGGAAAACAACAUCAGAGAACUGUGCCAUUUGGUAAAGUCCGUCCAAGUAUCUGGGCACAAAAGCAAGCCUACGGCAGUGCAAACUUCCCUUCCCCCAUCAAAGAGUUAGUAAACAAGAUCGAAACGCCGUUUGUCACAGGUAUUUAUGAUUGCAUCUCGCCGAAAGCAUCAUGUUUCGAGGGUAAGCUAUUCUUGGUUGGAGAUGCGUAUGCGCUUUUUCGACCACACGCAGCGCAGAGCACGAAUCAAUGUGCAUUGCACUGCUUACUUCUUUCGAAAUACAUUUCCGGUGAAAUCACGUUGGAGGAUUACGAGAACAAAGUAGCUUCCUUUGCGAAUACCACUCUGCACUGGAGCAGGGCGAUUGGUUCUGAAUACAUGGAUAAUAUGGUUGGCCACCUGUACCAUGAGUUUCGAUUUCAACUGGCAAAGAGAGCUCAAAAUUGGGGGUUUCGGUUGUGA